AAAUGUCAUUCAAAACUCAUUCAGCUGUUUCUAGUACUCAAGUGCCAGCAGUGCUGUCGCUCCUGAGAGCUGUAUGGGACCACGCACGCUAAUUAAAUCCAUUAAUUCAAAAUGGCACUGAUGGGCAUUCAGCUGGUGGUCAGCUUGCUGGCUGUAAGCAUAAUGCAGAAAAUGGCCCCACAUUACUCCUUUGCACGCUGGCUUCUAUGCAAUGGCAGUCUCUUGAGGUUCAAGCAUCCUUCAGAGGGAGAACUUUGUGCACUAGCAGGCAAGCAGAUGUCCAACAAGACGGGCAGGAGAGACAGGAGACAGAAUGGGCAUGGGGAACCCAAGCCACUCACGGUUCCGAAGGACAUCGAUUUACACCUGGAGAGCACUCCUGUGAACGUUAUAGAUGCUCUGGUUCUGCGGUUCUUCGUGGAGUACCAGUGGUUGAUUGACUUUGCCGUCUAUGCAGUGGGCAUCUACCUCUUUACUGAAGGCUACUACUUUGUAGUGGAUGCCAGUAAAGAGGUCAACAUCGGGGCCAUCUGGUGUGUCCUGAUGGUGUUCUUCUGCCUGAGGACUCUGCAUGUGCUGAUGAGCCACUACUUCCGCUCAGACGAGGGUGGAGAGCGCUCUGUGUGCUUGGCAUUUGGCUUCCUCUCUUUGCUUGUAGCCAUGUUGGUUCUAGUGGUGAGAGAGGACUAUCUGGAGUUUGGCCUUGAGUCUGGUUUCACCAGCGUCUUCGAUAACUUUGAAAUCUUUGCCAGACAACAAGGAUUUGAGUGGUCCAUUCCUUUCACCAAACUGGGAGUGAAGUUGGGCUUGGCUUUCAUUUGUGCCUUCUUUGGCUCUCUGCUCGCUUUCCCUGGACUUCGUCUGGCCCAAACUCACUUAGACGCAGUACACAUGAAUGCUGAUAGGCCCAUCAUUCAAAUCCUUCUACACACCAGUUUUUUGUCCCCGUUGUUUAUUCUUGUUUUGUGGAUCAAGCCUCUUGCUCGUGACUUCUUAGGAAAUGCUCCUAUGGGAAAGACUUCAGUCACAUUGCUUUCUAGCUCAGCCUUCGACUCGGUGCGUCUGUGGACGAUCGUGGGGUUGUGUGCGCUGAGGCUGCUGCUCACCCGGCACCACCUGCAGGCUUACCUGAACCUUGCCCCCAAAUGGGUGGAACAAAUGAAGAAGGAGGCGGGUCGUAUUGCUGCUGUUGACAUCCAGAGAAAGGUGACCCGUGUGUACUGCUACCUGACUGUAGUAACGCUACAGUACCUCCUCCCUGUUCUGCUUGUGCUGUUCUCAACCCUGGCUCUCAAAGCUCUAGGGGACUACUCAUGGGGGCUGGGCGCUGAGACUCCAGGUGUGACCCUGGCACCAGUUCUUCCCACCGCUCCUCCCCCUUUACCCAGGUCAGAAGAUGAGGACGAAAUAGAGGACAUGGAGGACAUCCAAGUCACCGUAGCCCAUCUGGCUGAGGUUUUUUCUGCACUACGUUCCGUUCUCACCCCGGUCUUCUUCAGAGGAAUCUUUGCUUUUCUUACCUGGUGGGUGGCGGCCUGCCAGCUCAUCAGCAGCCUGUUCGGCAUCUACUUUCACCAGUAUCUCAUGCAGAGCUGAGGUGAGCUGAUGAACGCCCCCUGUGUGCAGGCGCUGUGCACUGCAGCAAGCAACUUGAGCUUCACCAACACACACCAGGCAUGUUUAUGCCUCGGAGGGUUUGAUCUUGACUGGAGACCAUGAUGUGUUUGGUCUAAGACUAAGAGAAUGCUGAAGAAUUGAUUUUGAAGCAUUUUUAUUGAAACUGUUGAAUUUGUUUGCUACGCAAGACCUUAAAUCAAUUAGAACGUGCGCAGAUGUAUGACAAAAAAAAAAAAGUUUUAUUGAAUAUGCUGUUACAACAAAUCAAGUCACUUAAUUUUGAGGAACUUGCGCUGUUAUGCAGCAGUUAGUUAACGUUCAUGUGAUGUAAUACUAAGUGCCUGGUAACUCAGGGAUUUGAAAUCACAAUAUUUCCUCUACCCAGCACUGUAAUCAUAAACUGCUUACUUUGAUACUGUAGUUUUAAACACCGAGGCAGAAAAUGGGUGCAGUUUCUUGCAACACUCCUAUUUCCUUCAAAUCACUUGCUGAUGUAUUAAAGGUUUUGGUACUUGCACAGUAUUUUAUCCAGUUUUGCUGAUAAGGUCCUGAAUCAUGCUAAAAUAAGUCCGAUCAAGGUCUACUUUAAUCCCCCCCUUUGGUAGUUCUAAUUUAUUUAUUUAUUCUAGUCCCCCUGACUGAUCACACAAUUUAGUAUAAGGUGAUUUUUGUCAAAAUUUGAACGGUUUUUAAAAUGAAACGCAUGGUGUGAUAACUGUUUUUUGUGUUUUUUAUUAAAAUUCAGAAUGGCUCAAAA